UCUUAUUAGCUAACACUUCCACAAACGUACCGCAACUCGCAUGCAUCUUCACCCCAGAAAAAAAAAAAAAAACAUAUAUACACAUGGCACGUCAGCACCACCUCAUUACCUUCUGCCUCCACCUCCUCCUGAUGUCUUUCUCGAUGGCUGCCGUUGACGACGAUGCCGCCGUCAUGAGUAAGCUCUUGAAGUCCAUUUCAGAUCCCCCAUCCACUUGGAAAACCGAAAAGCACUUCUGUGAAUGGGAAGGAAUCACUUGUGACGACUCAUCCACUCGUGUCACCUCCAUCAACCUUGCUGAUAAAUCACUCAGCGGAACCCUCCCACCCGACCUUAACAAGCUGUCACACCUCGAAACUCUUGACCUUCAAAAUAACCAAUUUAAUGGCUCUCUGCCUACUUUGGCUAACCUCACUCUUCUCCAUCGGCUAAACCUCAACGACAACACCUUCACUUCAAUCCCUCAUCAAGAUGAUUUCUUUUUCGGACUUAGCAGUCUCCAAUAUUUUGACAUCUCUGACAACAGCGAUCUGGAUGCAUGGGUUCUCCCUAACAACCUGCCCGCUCAAUGCAGUAACUUGCGUUCAUUCAAUGCCAGCGACGCAUCGUUAACUGGUUCCAUUCCCGAAUCAUUCACCAGCUUACCCCAUCUGCAGGAUCUCAUUUUGUCUUUUAAUAACCUCAACGGAAGCCUGCCGUCCCACCUCAACAACCUCUCGCAGCUCAUAACCCUCGACCUUGAGUCGACCUCCCUCUCAGGUCCCUUGCCUACUUUAGCUAACCUCACUCUCCUCCAACAAGUAUCGCUCAGUUCCAGCGGGUUCGAUUCCAUCCCGCCCGAUUUCUUUCGGGGUCUUAGCAAUCUCCGGUACCUUGACCUGUCCGACAACCCUCUGGCACCGUGGAUCCUCCCCAAUGACAUCACUCGAUGCACAAAGUUGCAAGAAUUUAUUGCCGUCAGCGCAAACAUAAUGGGUCCCAUUCCAGACACUUUCGACCGUCUCUAUAACUUGCAGAAACUCUCUGUGUCUGAUAAUAACCUCAGCGGAAGCCUCCCCUCCCACCUUAACAACCUCUCCAAGCUCAACACCAUUGAUCUCUCUAACAACUCCUUCUCCGGCGUCUUGCCUACUUUAGCUAACCUCAGAUUGCUGGAAGAAGUAUCACUCGAAUACAACAACUUCACUUCAAUCCCAUCUGAUUUCUUUCUCGGCCUCACCAAUCUCAAUACCUUUAGAAUCUACAGCAACUCAGAUCUGGAGCCAUGGGUUCUCCCCUACCACCUCAACCAAAGCACUAAAUUAAAGUUUUUUGAUGCUGAUAGUGCUAACAUAAUGGGUUCCAUUCCAGAAAUUUUCCACGGUUCCCGCAGUUUGGGGUAUCUCUAUUUGUCCCACAAUAAUCUCACUGGAACCUUACCCGCAUCUUUUGCCGAAUCGACAAUUACCAAUCUUCGUCUUAACAAUCAAAUGCACGGGCUUUCUGGUACGCUUGAUGUCAUCUCUAGAAUGACUCAACUUACGGUAGCUCGGCUAGAAGCUAAUGAGUUCAGUGGUCCUAUUCCGGAUCUUACAAGGUGUAUCGGUUUAACCAAUUUACAACUUGGGGAUAACCAGCUAACAGGUCUGGUCCACAGUUCUUUGACAGAUCAGCUCUCUCAGUUAACCAAUAUUAGUUUACAAAAUAACAGGUUACAGGGGCCAUUACCUGUCUUUAGAGAAACGGUUGAAUCUAGAUUAGAUAAUAACAGUUUUUGUAUACCUACCGGGGGAGAUUGUGAUCCACAAGUGACCGCACUCCUUGAGGUCGCCAGAGAUCUUGGGUAUCCAAUGUCAUUGGCAGAAUCAUGGAAAGGCAACGAUGCCUGUAGGGGAUGGAAAUUUAUUACUUGCGAUUCUUCACGGAAGAAUGUCACAGUUGUGAACUUUGGAAAAUGUAAAUUUUCAGGUACUAUUUCUCCAUCCUUUGCAAAGCUAACACGAUUGAGGAAUUUAUCACUAAAUGAUAAUAACCUCACGGGUUCUAUUCCCGAGAACUUGGCAUCUUUGGAGGAUCUUCUGUUGUUAGAUGUGUCAAACAAUAAUCUCACGGGUUCUAUUCCUAUAAACCUUACAUCUUUGCUAGCUCUUCAACUACUUGAUGUGUCAAACAAUAAUCUUUCAGGAAAUAUACCGAAGUUCCCACCAAGGGUGAAGUUCUUACAUAACAACACCUUAUUAGGUAAACAAAGUUCUAGCAGAAACAAUCGUUCAUUAAGUAUAAUUAUUGGUAGUGUAAUAGUUAGUGUUUUUACUUUAGCCGGAAUUGUGUUGCUCGUGGCUUACAAGUGUUAUGGAGUUUCUAGAAAAUCACGCAUACAAAUUACCGAAAAUUAUGGUGAAAUACCUAUUUCUGAAAGUGGCAAAGUAAUGAUUUCCAUGCAACUUCUUGAGCAAGUCACUGAUAGUUUCAGUGAUAACAAUGUGUUGGGGAGAGGUGGAUUUGGUACGGUUUACAAAGGUGAGUUACAUGAUGGAACUACGAUCGCAGUCAAGAAGAUGAUAUCCGAUGUGAAUGGAACACAAGGGAUUAAAGAGUUCCAUGCAGAAAUUGGGGUACUAACAAAAGUAAGGCAUAGACAUCUCGUUGCUCUUCUUGGUUAUUGUAUUAAUGAUAACGAGCGGCUUUUAGUAUAUGAAUACAUGCCGCAAGGUACCUUAAGUCAACAUUUGUUUAAGUGGAGAGAACAUAAAAGUGAACCUCUUAGUUGGAACCAAAGAGUUGCAAUUGCUUUAGAUGUGGGAAGAGGGGUUGAGUAUAUGCAUAAUUUAGCACAACAAAGCUUCAUUCACCGUGACUUAAAGCCUGCUAACAUUCUUCUUGAUGAUGACAUGAGAGCAAAGGUUGCAGAUUUUGGUUUGGUUAAAAAUGCGCCUGACGGAAAGUACUCUAUAGAGACAAGAUUGGCAGGGACUUUUGGUUAUUUGGCUCCAGAAUAUGCUGCUACGGGGAGGGUCACGACGAAGGUGGAUGUUUUUGCAUUCGGGGUAGUCUUGAUGCAAUUGAUUACCGGCCGAAAAGCAUUAGAUGGAAGUAUGCCAAACGAGAAAGGUCAUUUGGUUACAUGGUUCCGAAGAAUCCCUGUCUACAAAGAAAACAUGGUGAAAUUCAUUGAUCAAGUUCUUGAUACUGAUGAUAGUGAAACCCUUUAUAGUAUCUUGAAGGUGGCUGAGUUAGCACGUCACUGCACUGCACCUGAACCGUUUCAGAGACCUAACAUGGGUUAUGUAGUUGGCGUGUUGGCUCAUCUUGUAGAAGAAUGGAAUCCCUCUCGACAAGAAGAAGAUAAAACUUAUGGCCACAAGCACCGUAUGAGCCUUCCUGAAUUGUUGCAAGAUGACGAGGAUUCCUUAAGAAUACUUAAUCUCUUUCGUUUAAGCUCGUUCUAGGAUAUGUUAAAAUUUUAAGCACAUUUGAUUGAACAGAUUGUAAGUAGCAAAGAAAAAAGGAAGUCAACUCCAAGAAAAAUGGAAUGUAUGCAUAUCCAUCUUCUGUAUCAUUUUGUAUCACUUGCCAACAUUCUUUAUAGCAAAAAUAAGUUAAAUUCUUCAUGUUA